AUGCAACCACUCAGGCGACCGCCAUGCUCAUCGCAUCUCCAGUGGCAUUCCUGCCGCGGUCAGUCUCCUUGGCGACCGCCGUGCACCAGACAACGAGCUCAUCUCGUCGACGGCGUUCCAGCCGCAGUCAGCCUCUCUAGGCGACCGCCUUUGCAGCAGCAGCGUCCAAUUUAUCGACGACGUCCUUGCCGCGGUCAGCCUUUUAGGCGACCGCCUGUGCAGCAGCGUCGUCCAACUUCAUCAGCGUCAUCUCAGCUGCGGUCAGCCUUUCUAGGCGACGGCCGUACAGCAGCUUCGAGCAGCGUUUUCUUCAGUGGCAUCCGAGCCACGGUCAGCCUCUCUAGGCGACCGCCUUUUGCAGCUGUCCUCCGGCAGCUUUCAUCGACGGCGUGCUUCUCGCAGUACGUCAACUCGGACAUCAUCUCCGAGACAUCGCAGCAGAUCCAGCCAUCAUCCAUCGUCCAGCAUAAUUUAGCGAAUUUUUCCGAGGUGGCGAGGGACGACUUGAGCGGGGGUGUGGAUCGUCUGUCGGCUGUGGCGCGUGCAGUGGCGGUAUGGGCGUCCGAGACAGUGUGGCCAGUAUGGCUUGAGCGCCUGUCGCCAUCUACAGGCUGCCAACUCGCCAAAAAUCGCCACAUUAUACUUGUACAACCAAUGAAAUUGCUACAACCUAAUAAGUACGCCUAGCUUGGCGCGAAUGUUCAAAUAUUCGAAUUGGGAAAUUUUA